CAAAAACUUCACUUUCAACCUUGUUUGAGCUCAUACUGAAUGAAUUCCCUUGAUAUAUAUUCCAGCAGUAAAACACAGGAUAGUGAAAGCCUAACAUCACCAAGACUACAUUUGGUUAGCACUUUAACUAGUCCUGGAGUUGGGAUCAUGGAUCAAAUCUCAAUCCCUGCCAUCGAUUUCAGUGGUGGUCACAAUCAUCUUCAAGGGUGUCGGAGAAACGAAUUAAUCAACAAUGGCGUCGUCGAUCCUUGGUUUGAAUUGGAUAGUGAGGAUCUUGAUUCUCUUUACUCUGAAUUUGACCUUAAAUAUCAAGAGAAUCAUACAUCAGACAAACAAGUUCAGUUAUUGGAAGAUCACCAAGAAAACAUCUCAGAUCAUUGGACACAAAGUGAUGAUUCUCAUCCUAUCCAAAUUCAAACGACCCCUGAAGCAUCUAAUAGGAUUCAGCCUCAGGUGCCAAGGCUUAACAAUAUCCAUCGAGAGAUAAUAAAUCCCAUUUCUUUAGCAUCUUUGGAGCUCUGGAACAAUUGUGGGAGAUUGUUCAAGAAGGAAAACUUGAGCAACGUACUAAGCAACGAGGAUCGUGUAAGUAACAUCCCUAAGUUGUCAACUGAAGAAAUCUUGCGAGUUGCUGGAGAAAGAUAUAUCCAGUACUCCACCCAAAGAGUAGAUGGUCUUUCUAUGUUUAUACAUCCUUAUGCUUCAUCACUUUCGGGCCUUUCCAUAGAGCAAACGAAGGACAUGGAACUUGUUCACCUCCUUCUAGCUGCUGCAGAAGAAGUGGAUCAGCAGCAAUUUCAUUUGGCUAGCCAAUCUAUUGCACACUGCCAGUGGAAGGCAUCUGCUACAGGUAAUCCGAUCCAGAGACUAUGUUUCUACUUUGGUGAAGCUUUACAAGAAAGGAUUGAUCGAGAAGUAGGAAGGUCCCCAAGUUUUGAAAGAAAAUUAAGGUUUUUAAGCACUCUGGCAUUAGGUACCACAGCGGAAGCCUUAACCUGCCACCAAGAAAUUCCCUUUGGUCAAGUGAUGCAAUUCGCAGGAGUUCAAGCAAUAAUUGAAAAUGUUAGAGGUGCAACUAAGAUCCAUUUGGUUGACUUUAAUAUUAGAACUGGAAUUCAGUGUACGGGCUUGAUGCAAGCUCUUGCAGAACAACAACGUGACUGUCCAAUUCAGCUUCUGAAGAUAACAGCCAUUGGACACCAAGAAAAAGAGAAAAUCGAAGAAACGGGCAAGAGAUUACAAAGUUUUGCCAAUUCCUUGAAUCUGCCCUUUUCAUUUGAUAUAGUCUUUAUGUCUGACAUGAAAGAUCUCAGGGUAGAAUCAGUCAAUGUUAAAGCAGAUGAAACUGUGGCUGUCUAUUGUUACACUGUACUAAAGACAAUGAUUUGCAGGCAAGAUUAUUUGGACAAUACGAUACGAGUAAUCAGAGGACUAAAACCAUCUGUGGUUGUUGUUUGUGAGGUUGAAGCAAACCAUAAUUCACCUUCAUUUUUGAACCGUUUUGUGGAGGCACUUUUCUUUUAUAGUGUGCUUUUUGAUUGCUUUGAGGACUGCAUGGAUAGAGACAAUUUGGUCAGAAAGAGGAUUGAAGAAUUUCAUAUUGGUGAAGGUAUCCGAAAUAUGAUUGCAGCUGACGAUGCGGAAAGGUUCACACGGAAUGUGAAGCUUGAUGUAUGGAGAGCAUACUUUGCAAGGUUUGGAAUGGUGGAAAUGGAGCUCAGUGAGUCAUCUUGGUAUCAAGCAAAUCUGAUUCUCAAGCAAUUUACCAAUGGAAGUUCCUGCAAUGUUCAAAAUGAUGGGAAGGCCCUCCUUGUUGGAUGGAAGGGAACACCCAUUGAAUCUGUUUCUAUUUGGAAGUUCUUGUAAAGACACUGAAAGGGCAGCUUUAAGGACAAUUCCAUGUUAAGGAAAUAGGUAUGAUACUUUUUUUUUUUUUGAUAACCAUGCUGUCCAAGCCAGCUUGCGCGGACCUCGACUAAAUUCCACGGGAUACCUGCCACCUCCUACCAGCAACAACUACCAGGUAACUCUGUCCACUAAGGCUACGACAAAUGGGAAGAAAUUAACUAGUGUUUUUGUCUCUGCUGGGAUGGAAAUUAGUAGGAUACUUUACUUGUUCUAUUUUUUAUAUACCCUUAGAGUUACUGUAGCUAGGCGAAAGGUGCAAGCAGCACACAUCGAGGAUAAAAUGAGAGAAGAUCACUUGAAAUGGCUAGAGUCGGACUCCAGAUGCAUCUAUCUGCAGGUUUGCGAUCAUGGCGAGUAAAGGUGUUAAAAAUGGGGCGAGGUAGACCCCAGAAAAUUACAUGGAAGGAAAUAGUCUCAAAACACCUACAAUCUCUUGGAAUCCAUGUAGACCUAGCGAAAAUAGGACACAGCGGAAGAAAAAGAUCAACAUAGGAGAUACCAAUUAAUAGGGAAUAAUGCUUGUCAUGUUAUUACAUAUUCACAUUUAUUAAAGGUCCU